AUGUUUACCUCUAGGCCCAAGUGCACAGUCAUUACAGAGUGCAAAACCAUAAGAGACAAGAAGCUUGUUAGAAGAAAGACAAAAGACGUUCCCAUAGCACCCAACCAAUCAUUUCUCAUUACACCAAGCAUUGAAGGAACCUAUCCACCCAACUAUGAGUGUGUAUGGCAUGCUUGCAGCAAAGACAGUGACAUAUUCUACUAUAUAGAAAUACAAGAAUUUGAUCUUCAAUACUCGAUUAAUUGCAAAAGUGACUUCUUUGAGAUACGAGAAGAUGGCUACAAUGGAACAGUAAAAGCAAAGCUAUGCAAACCUAACAAAACAAAGUUCACUAUCAGCAAUAACUGCAUCUGGCUGAAAUUCAGAUCUGACUCCUCUAAAGAAAAAAAGGGAAUUCGUGGCUUCUUUGCUUCUUUCAGCAGUGAAGGAAAAGCAGGACGAAACAAGGAUGGUCAAGGUAUAAAUUUCACGGCAUCGGAUAACACCACAAUGGAAGCAAUGAGAAUUAUGUUACAGCUGGAUAAGACAAAAUCUUCAGCUUUAGAGACAACUCAAGAGCUCAUUUGGUUCACAAUUAAAUAUCCCACUGUGGCGGAAACAGUGAAACAACUGGUCGAUCUCACCCAAACAAAUAUUCAAUCUGCAAUGAAAGUUUUCCACAUUCUCGACUUGUGCCUGCCAAAUCCCACUUCUUGUUUAUUUGGUACGAUAAACAGUGCUUUCAACCAGUGUUCAGAGGUUAACAAAUCCACCCCAAAACUCAUUUCUGGAACAGACCAAAUGUUGAAUCAGAAGACUCCAAACAAAGAAACAAACUCAUUUACAAAGGAAUCCAACAACCAAACUGAAACAGUCAGUAAUGAUACAGGCAGUGGUAGCAGUCCAUCCCCGAAAUAG